GUUGUUGCCUGUGCGCCUUGCUGCCCACCUUCUGUCCGCGCAGAGCUCUGCAGGGAGAGGUUGUGUCUUCAUUUUUUCCGCCAUCUUGAUUCUUUCUCACUGAUUGAGACGCAGCCGUGGGAAAUAUGAGUGAGCAUGUAAGAACAAGAUCCCAAUCCUCAGAAAGAGGAAAUGAACAAGAGUCUUCCCAGCCGGUUGAAUCUGUGAUUGUCCAGCAGCCCACUGAGGAAAAACGUCAAGAAGAGGAAGCACCAACUGAAAAUCAGGGUAUUGCACCUAGUGGGGAGAUCGAAAAUGAAGGAGCACCUGCUGUUCAAGGGCCUGACGUGGAAGCUUUUCAACAGGCACUGGCUCUGCUUAAGAUAGAGGAUGAGCCUGGAGAUGGUCCUGAUGUCAGGGAGGGGACUCUGCCCACUUUUGAUCCCACUAAAGUGCUGGAAGCAGGUGAUGCGCAACGAUAGGUUACACCAAGAGAAAUGAAGACUGAAACCAAGAAUGUUAUUGUUAUGCUGGAAAUUUGACUGAUAGCAUUCUCUUAAUAAAGUUUUAUAGUUUUCUGCAAAGAA